AUUCCGAGUAGAGCCGCUUCCGGCGGCAACGGAAGCCGGAGAGGGACCGUUUCAGGGACGGACUGGCUGAUGGACUGUCCUGCCGGUCCGGAAGGUGAUCUCCGCCCCCUUCAGAAUCCCGAAGUCCUGGGUCCUAGGUUUCAUAGUAAGAAUAUCCUAGCGGCAAAGGAACACCGGAAUUGGGAGUCAGAAAGCUUGGGUUCUAGUUCUGACUGUCAGCAAUUAGCGGUAUGACUUUGGAGAAGGCUUUUUGAGCUCUCUGGACUCCAUUUUCCUUUUCUAUAAAACGAGAGGCUUGGAAUAAGUGGAGAAACAUGAACCGGAAGAUACUGAAGUUGGAGAACUUGCUACGGUUUCACACUAUUUGUAGGCAGCUGCACAGCCUGUGUCAAAGUAGAAUGUUGGCACAGUGGAGGCACAUGUUUUCAUCUGCUUAUGCAGUGCAGACGGCUCAGCUGUACACCCUACCCUGGCAAACAGAUGCACUCCUCAGGGCUGCAUUAUCUCAACGUAGGCUUCUGGUGACAAAGAAGGAAAAAAGAUCACAGAAAUCUCCAUUACCUUCAACAAAAUCUAAAAAGGAGGUGGAGGUGUGGCUUGGAAUGACUGUUGAGGAGUUGGCCAGAGCAAUGGAAAAAGACAUAGACUGUGUAUAUGAAUCUUUAAUGAACACUGCUGUUGACAUAGAUUCACUAGAAACACACUCACGUUUAGAUGAAGUCUGGAUCAAAGAAGUGAUAAAGAAGUCAGGAAUGAAGUUAAAAUGGAGCAAAUUAAAACAAGACAAAGUCAGAGAAAAUAAAGAUGCUGUCAAAAGGCCCCAGGCAGAUCCAGCUUUAUUAAUCCCAAGGUCCCCAGUUGUUACUAUAAUGGGCCAUGUUGAUCAUGGGAAAACGACGUUACUUGACAAACUGCGAAAAACUCAAGUGGCAGCAAUGGAAGCUGGAGGCAUCACUCAGCACAUUGGUGCCUUUCUUGUCUCUUUGCCCUCUGGGGAAAAGAUAACCUUUCUUGAUACUCCAGGACAUGCUGCUUUCUCAGCAAUGCGAGCCAGAGGCGCUCAGGUCACUGACAUUAUUAUAUUGGUGGUAGCUGCAGAUGAUGGAGUGAUGAAACAAACUGUAGAAUCCAUUCAGCAUGCCAAAGAUGCUCACGUUCCUAUUGUCCUUGCCAUAAGCAAAUGUGACAAAGCUGAGGCGGAUCCUGAGAAAGUGAAGAAAGAACUGCUAGCAUACGAUGUGGUGUGUGAGGAUUAUGGAGGUGACGUUCAAGCAGUGCACGUCUCUGCGCUCACGGGUGAAAACAUGAUGGCUUUGGCAGAGGCAACUAUUGCUCUUGCAGAAAUGUUGGAAUUGAAAGCAGACCCUACUGGUGCAGUUGAAGGAACAGUAAUAGAAUCUUUCACAGACAAAGGAAGAGGUCCUGUUACUACAGCUAUAAUUCAAAGAGGAACUUUGAGAAAAGGCUCCAUUCUGGUUGCUGGAAAGAGCUGGGCAAAAGUACGCUUAAUGUUCGAUGAAAAUGGCAGAGCAGUCCAUGAGGCCUAUCCUAGCAUGCCAGUGGGAAUCAUAGGCUGGAGAGACCUCCCUUCUGCAGGAGAUGAAAUUCUUGAAGUAGAAUCUGAGCCAAGGGCACGUGAAGUUGUUGACUGGAGAAAGUAUGAGCAAGAACAGGAGAAAAAUAAAGAGGAUUUAAAAUUAAUAGAAGAAAAGCGAAAGGAACACCAAGAAGCACAUCGGAAAGACCGCGAGAAGUAUGGCACUGUGCACUGGAAGGAGAGGUCAUAUAUAAAGUACAGAGAAAAAAGACAGCAGCAGCCCUUAAAGCCGAAAGAGAAACUAGAAAGAGAUUCAAAUGUGCUUCCUAUAAUUGUUAAAGGUGAUGUUGAUGGUUCUGUUGAAGCCAUUUUGAACGUUAUGGAUACCUAUGAUGCUUCACAUGAGUGUGAACUAGAAUUGGUACAUUUUGGUGUGGGUGAUAUUAGUGAAAAUGAUGUCAACCUUGCUGAAACAUUUCAUGGUGUUAUAUACGGCUUCAAUGUGAAUGCAGGCAAUGUUAUCCAGCAGUUGGCUGCAAAAAAAGGAGUAAAAAUUAAACUUCACAAAAUCAUUUACCGUCUUAUUGAAGAUUUGCAGGAAGAACUGAGCAGCAGGUUGCCCUGCAUUGUGGAAGAGCACCCAAUAGGUGAGGCUUUUAUACUAGCUACCUUCUCUGUAACAGAGGGGAAGAAAAAAGUUCCUGUGGCUGGCUGCAGAGUCCAAAAGGGACAGAUAGAAAAGCAAAAAAAAUUUAAGUUAAUCCGCAAUGGACAUGUUAUUUGGAAGGGCUCAUUAAUCUCACUGAAACACCAUAAAGAUGAUACUUCAGUUGUCAAAACUGGAAUGGAUUGUGGUCUUAGUUUGGAUGACGAAAAGAUAGAAUUUAAAGUGGGAGAUGCUAUUAUUUGUUACGAAGAAAAAGAAGUUCCAGCCAAGACUUCUUGGGAUCCAGGAUUUUAAAAUUAUUUAAAAAUAUAUAAAUGAUUAAAUGUUUUUGUCUUAUUAUA